AUGUGCUAUGUUCGCGACUAUCCGGAGGACUUGAUCUGGUUGAAAAGCUUGGUAUUUAUCCUGGCAUUAUCCAAAUGUACUGAGCUGAGACAUUUCACGUAUGGUGUCUCAAGCACCGGUGCUGUGAAAUAUCUUCUCGCUUUAUUACAUGCGCACUAUAUGGACCCGUGGGCUGUCUGUCACAUGAUGCAUUGGAACGUACUGACGACCACGGUAGUGCUAGCCCGCUGCAUUGGCCCUUGUAUCCUUUGCAAAUUGCGUUACAGGGUAACCAUGCGGUCUGCGUGCGUAUUACUCAAGCUAAAUCGCCUCAUCCAUAGAAUUCGCUCCCCGGCCAUACCUGCACUGUACAUCAAAUUGCGGGUCGGUGCAUCCAUACAACCGUUCACCGCGUCUGUGACAGAUGUCUGCAUCACCGUCAUGCUAUGCUGGGUUCUGCACACCGAAAAUAAUGGGCUGGCAUACACCAACUCGCUCCUGCGCACUCUCAUGAUCUACGCGAUUGGCCGAGGUAUACUCACCACCGCGUUGCAGAUCGGGCAGGCUGUGUCCUAUGUUGCAAGUAGUCCCGAUGCGUUCUACUGGUCCAUGUUCCACUUUCCCGGAAGCAAAGGUAUGCGUAAAUCCAUCAUGGAACUACAAGUCAUCCACGACCAUAUCCGCAAAUAUAGCAUUGGGCAGGGAUAUACCACUACGCGUUAUGGACAAGGAGAUGGCAAGCCCAUCGUACAGGCGAGAGAUCAUAUAAUGGGUAUAUUCUGCCGGACAGACGAAUUGCUACGGUUGCCUUGGAAUCCUACCAGGUCAGCCAUGGACAGGUAUGGUAUUCAGAAAAUCGUAGUAGAUUCCACGUGUGCGUGUAUGGUUCCCAGAUGCACUAAGGGCAGAUGCUGA